UACAAGUCUGGACAGCCUGCCUCAGCACAGAGAUGCACAGUUGACGAAUCCCUCCGCCGACACACUGCCAUGCCCUCAGUGAUGGAGCGCUCGGGGUCCGGGGUCCUUUCCAGGAGCAGAGCAAAGACUGUAACCAACGGCAACAGCCAACCACACUCUGAAGAAGAGAGCAGCGAUGAAGAGCAUGCUCAUGACAGUAUGAUCAGAGUGGGGGGAGACUACCAGGCACAGAUCCCAGAGUUCAAACCAGACAGUCCAACCCGCUGCAAUGAGAAGGACGAGAGGAGCAUGUUGGUCUGGCGUCCCAACAGUCAGCUUUCUGAUGCAAUGUUGGACGAGUACAUACUGAUGGCUAAAGAGAAACAUGGAUACAACAUGGAGCAGGCUCUGGGCAUGUUAUUAUGGCACAAACAUGAUGUGGAGCGCUCGCUUGCUGACCUGGCCAACUUCACCCCGUUCCCAGACGAGUGGACAGUGGAGGACAAAGUGCUGUUUGAGCAGGCCUUCAGCUUCCACGGCAAGAGCUUCCACCGCAUCCAGCAGAUGCUUCCAGACAAGCUGAUCUCCAGCCUUGUGAAGUACUACUACAGCUGGAAGAAGACCAGGACCAGGACCUCUGUCAUGGACCGACAGGCCAGGAGGCUGGUCAGCAAGAGAGAGAAAGAUGACAGUAAUGAUGAGAUUGAGGAAGGAGACCCUGGCAGUGACAGUGACUUUGAGAUUGACGCCAAGAAAGAGGCAGUGAAACAGAACCCCAACAGUGCCAACUCUAACAAGGCCACCCCCAGUCGCUCUGGGCCGGUGAAGAAGGAAAAUAUCGGAGCUCAGUACCGCCACCACCCGCUCAGAGCCCGCCGCAGGCCACCUAAAGGCAUGUACCUGGAGCAGGGAGACAUCAUGUCGGUGUCAGCCUCCCACAACGCCGGGGUGCUAACUAUUCAACAGCUGGACACACAGUUGGUGUCACUCAAGAGACAGGUCCAGUCUAUUAAACAGAACAACAGUAGUUUGAAACAGAGCUUAAAUGAAGGUGUUAACACUUUCAAACCAGCUGAGCCUGUCAAUAAGAUGAACUCUCGUUGGACCACAGAGGAGCAGCUCCUGGCUGUGCAGGCUAUCCGUCGCUAUGGUAAAGACUUUGCAGCCAUUGCUGAGGUGAUCGGGACCAAGACACCAGCUCAGGUGAGUUCCUUCUUCGUGAGCUACCGGCGCCGGUUCAACCUGGACGAGGUGCUGAGGGAGUGGGCGGCCGAGCAGGUGGCCACCAGCCGAGACCAGAGAGACCUCAGGAGGAGCAGCGAGGAGAUGGCAGCCGCUACAGACGGAGCGGCCGAGGAGGACGAGGUCAAAAUGGAGGACUCCCCCUCGGACGCCGCCAGCGGCUCCUCUCCUCCCUCCUCCACCCAGACCCCCUCCUCCCUCUCCCAGCCUCCUCCACUGCUGCGCCCUGCACCUCCGUCGGCUCCCCCCAGCCUCCUCCGUCAGCCUCCUCCUCUGCAGACACGCCCGCUCCAGAACAGAGCGCCCCACAACCACCCUCCCCCUCCGCUCAUCCGACCCGCAGUCACCACCUCGUCCUCCACCGGGAGCUCCAGCCUCAGGGCCUCUCCUCCCAGCUCCUCCUCUGCUGCAGGGCAGCUCCCUCCAUCGCUGGUCGGGCUCAAAGUGGAGCAGCCCACCUCGCACUGAUAUACACACACACACGACAAUAGGAAUAGAAGCACACACACAAAUUAGCAUGCAGACAAACACACAAACACAAUGCUUUCUCUUCUCUCCAGAGAAAAUUCCUUCACCCUGUAACUUCCAUCACCCCUAGCCUUUGUUCCUGGGACCAUUACACAUCACAAGUUCAGGUCCCUAAGGUGACAUCACAGCUCUUAAAAUGCAGGAAGAUCCCCUCAGUAAGGCAGUGGCCUGAAGCCCCUUUACUGUACUAACAAACACCUACCUCCAGACCAACACAUACACACACACACCUCCCUGAACAACACACCUCCCUGAACAACACAAAAAGAGACACUGGAUCAUCUAGCUGUUGAAGAAAGCCAUGACCACAGAGCGCAAAACACAGCGCUAUCGAUAUUAAUUUCGUUAUUUUUAAACACAUCAAAAUAGAUUCAUAACAAAUUAAACAAGGUUUAUUUCAACUGACUGUCAUAUUGGACUGGUACAGCAUGAAUAAAUAAGGACCAUG